AUGCAAAUUUGGCAAUUACCUUUUAUUCAUCGAGCUGUCAAAGGAAUUAGAAUCGUCAUGUCAAAAAGUAAGGAUACUGUGAAGACAUCAAUUUCAGGAGCAAAUGAUGAUAACAAUAAUAAAUCUACCGAGUUUGAAAAGCACCUCGAAAAGGAAAUUAAAACAGCAAAGGAAUUACAAAUAAAUAAACAAAAAAGAAGGAAAGUUGAAAAUUCUCGAGCUGCUAAAACAGUCGAGUUAAGAGAUAAAAAUGGAUUCAAAUUAAGAUUAGUUGAUGCCAAUAAGAGUAAAAAUAAGCAAGUCGACCCAGAUUACGAAGUUUCUAUUGAAGGUCCCUUAAGAAAGAUCAAACCAUAUUAUUUCACAUACAAGACGUUUUGUAAAGAAAGGUGGAGAGAUAGAAAAUUAUUAGAUGUCUUCGUUACUGAAUUUAGAGAUCGUGAAGAAGCCUACUAUAAGAAAACCAUUGCUAAUGGGGACGUAUAUUUGAACGAUAAGCCAGCUAAUUUGGACAGUUAUAUUCGUAAUGGUGAUCUUAUUACUCAUAAGUUACAUCGUCAUGAACCUCCUGUAAUCUCGAAACCAAUUCAAACUGUAUUUGAAAAUGAUGAUAUAUUGGUGAUUGAUAAGCCAAGCGGUAUACCAGUUCAUCCAACAGGUCGCUAUAGAUUUAAUUCAAUUACCAAGAUACUAGAAAGAGACUUAAGCUAUACAGUACAUCCAUGCAAUAGGUUAGAUAAGCCAACAAGCGGGUUAAUGUUCUUAGCCAAGACACCAAAAGGUGCAGAUGAAAUGGGUGAUCAAUUGAAAGCCAGAGAAGUAAAAAAGGAGUAUAUAGCAAGAGUUGUCGGUGAAUUCCCAUUGGAGGAAUUAGUGGUAGUUAAGCCAUUGAGAACUAUUGAUCCGAAAGUUGCGCUAAAUGCCGUCUGUACUAUGGAAGAUGACGGUGCAAGACAUGCAAAAACCGUUUUCAAAAGGAUCAGCUAUGAUGGCCAGACAAGUUUAGUGAAAUGUAAACCUCUAACAGGUAGACAACAUCAAAUAAGAGUUCAUCUCCAAUAUCUAGGUUUCCCAAUUGCAAACGAUCCAAUUUACUCAAAUGUUAGAAUUUGGGGAUCAACGAUGGGUAAAGGUGGUAAAGCCGAUUACGAAAAUAUAAGAAAAGCUUUGUAUGAAAUUGGUAAGACUAAGACAGCUCAAUCUUGGUUUUAUCCUGACUCAAAAGGUGAAAUAAUGAAAGAAGAAAAAUGUCCUGUUUGUGAAACAGAUCUAUAUACAGAUCCUGAUCCAAAUGCUUUGGUAUUGUGGCUACAUGCAUAUCGUUAUGAAUCUACUGAACUUGAUGAAAAUACAGGUAAAAGGAAAUGGUCAUAUCGUACCAAAUUUCCAGAUUGGGCUCUCCAACCUCAUCGAAAAUAUAUGGAACUAGCGAUUGAAGAAGCCAAAAAGUGUGCUCCCACCACUACUGCAUUCAGUGUUGGUGCCGCGCUUGUAAACGGAGUUGAUAUUCUAUCAAAAGGAUAUUCAAGAGAGCUUCCAGGGAAUACUCAUGCUGAACAAUGUGCUAUGGAGAAGUACUUCGAAAAGGUCGGUAAACGAGAAAUUCCUGAGGGUACGGUACUUUACACUACAAUGGAACCAUGUUCCUUUAGACUGAGUGGCAAUGAACCUUGUGUACAAAGAAUUAUAGGAAUGAGCGGGAAGAUUAGAACAGUGUUUGUUGGUGUUUUGGAACCAGAUACUUUUGUCAAAAAUAAUACAAGUUUAUCUCUCUUAGAAGAAAAGGGGAUUGAGUACAUUCAAAUUCCGGGUUAUGAGGAACAAUGCACUAAAAUUGCGUUCAAAGGACAUGACGAUGUGUGA